AUGCCUCUCUCCCUCCAGGUGGCGCCAGACUUCUUUGAGUACUUCCGAGCGCUGUACCCCAUCCUGCGGGACGACUUGUCCCUGUGGUGUAUCUCUGCGUGGAACGAUAACGGCCGUGAUGCCCUGGUAGACCCGGCAAAGACCCAUGUGCUGCACCGCACAGACUUCUUCCCUGGCCUGGGCUGGAUGCUACUCCGAGACCUGUGGGCCGAGCUGGAGCCCAAGUGGCCCACAGCCUUCUGGGACGACUGGAUGAGGCAGCCGGAGCAGCGGCGCGAGCGCUCUUGCGUGAGGCCCGAGAUCUCGCGCACCAUCACAUUCGGGAGGAAAGGAGUCAGCUUAGGUCAAUUCUUCGACCAAUACCUGCGCUACAUCAGGCUGAACAUGGAGUUUGUGCCUUUUACAAAACACGACUUAUCCUACUUACUGAAGGGCAAGUACGACGAGAAGUUCAUCAUCGAGGUGUACAGUGCCCCCCUGGUCAGGAUGGAGGAACUACAGGGGGGCAAGCUGAGGGAGCCCGGGCCCUACAGGGUGCAGUACUCCAGCCGCGACACUUUCAAAGUGUUUGCUCGAAACUUGGGUGCCAUGGACGACCUAAAGUCAGGCGUACCCCGGACAGGAUACAGGGGCGUGGUGAGCUUCCUCUACAGGGGCCGGAGGGUCUAUUUGGCUCCCCCUGAAGGAUGGACACAGUAUGACACCAGCUGGAGCUGA